GCAUCGUCGUCGGCCAUGUCCGCCCACCUCCGCCUCCUCACCGCCGGGGCCGCGCUCCCGUUGCCCGCCCCGGCCUCCCUCCGGCGGGCGCGGCUGCUCCCGCCCGCGCCCCCGCUCCCCUCCGCCCGGCUCCUCGCCCCGCACCGGCGCGGCCUCUCCCCGCACGCGGCCGUCCGCGUCGUCCGAUGCGCCGCCGCGGCGGGCGCGGCCGACGGGGGCGAGCGGGAGGUGGGGGUGGAGGCGAUAGCGGCGGACGGCGCGGGGAUAUGGGCGCAGGUGCGGGACGUGGUGGUGUUCGCGGGGCCCGCGCUCGGGCUCUGGAUCUGCGGCCCGCUCAUGAGCCUCAUCGACACCAUGGUCAUCGGCCAGACCUCCUCCCUCCAGCUCGCCGCCCUAGGGCCCGGGACCGUGUUCUGUGACUACCUGUGCUACAUAUUCAUGUUCCUGUCCGUCGCAACCUCCAACAUGGUGGCCACCUCCUUAGCUAACAAGGAUGAAGAACUUGCACAGCAUCAAGUGUCUACGCUGCUAUUUAUAGCUCUUACUUUUGGUAUAGGAAUGUUUUUGUUCACUAAGAUUUUUGGGGUUCAAGUAUUGACUGCCUUUACUGGAUCAAAAAAUCAUGAAAUUAUUUCUGCUGCUAAUACAUAUGCACAGAUUCGAGGUUUUGCAUGGCCUGCAGUUCUCGUUGGCUUAGUUGCCCAAAGUGCUAGUCUAGGCAUGAAAGAUGCUUGGGGUCCUCUGAAGGCAUUGGCAGCAGCUAGUGUUAUAAAUGGCGUCGGUGAUAUAUUUCUUUGCUCUGUAUGUGGCUAUGGAAUUGCUGGUGCCGCCUGGGCUACUAUGGUUUCACAGAUUGUUGCAGCUUUUAUGAUGAUGCAAAAUCUAAACAGUAGAGGUUUUCGAGCGUUCUCAUUCACAAUCCCAUCGACAAGAGAGCUUCUGCAGAUAUUCGAAAUCGCAGCUCCUGUUUUUGUGACAAUGACAUCCAAGGUAGCAUUUUAUGCAUUACUUACAUACUCCGCGACUUCUAUGGGAGCAAUAACUCUUGCAGGCCAUCAGGUCAUGGUUAAUAUCUUAUGCAUGUGCACUGUUUGGGGUGAGCCCCUGUCACAAACUGCACAGUCGUUCAUGCCGGAGAUGAUAUACGGAGCUAACCGCAAUUUGAUGAAGGCAAGGAUGCUACUCAAGUCCCUCGUAAUGAUUGGAGCUAUAGCUGGACUGACUGUGGGGACAGUUGGAACGAUUGUUCCGUGGCUUUUUCCUAGUCUGUUUACCAAUGAUCUACUGGUUGUACAACAGAUGCACAAAGUGCUGAUUCCAUAUUUCACUGCAUUGUUGGUGACACCUUCAGUACACAGCCUUGAAGGAACAUUGCUGGCUGGAAGGGAUCUCAGGUAUUUGAGUCAAUCAAUGGGUGCAUGCUUCAGCAUUGGAACCUUUCUACUACUGCUUGUCCGUGACAAAUUUAGUAGCUUGACACUAUGCUGGUGGGUACUUGUCUUCUUCCAGUGGAGUCGGUUUGGAAGCGCUCUACAACGGCUUGUUUCUCCAACGGGCAUGUUGUACAAUGAAAAUUUCAACCAGCCUGAGCAUGUCAAAGUGAAGGCCACAUGAGUUUGAAACGAGGCGACAACAAAUACACGCAUAUUUGCAGCCCUGGAAACAUCAUUCAGCAUUGUCUGUUUCUAACCACCAUCGGUUGUAAUGUGUUGGUCAUGAGAUUACAUUGGCUGCACAUGAUAAGAUUGGAAGCAAAGUUCAAGACCUGCUCAAUGUCUUCAGGUCUAGGAAGGUCCAUUUGGCUCUAGGGUAGAAUUUGGUCUCUUGUAGUAUCUUUUUGUCCUAGGCGCCUUCAUCUCAUGCUUUACUGCUGCAGAGAAGGUUACAUUGUCCAACACUUGCGACUGUAAAAGUGCAGUUACGCAAGCAUGUAAAGAAUUUUGUCUGCUUAAGAAUUACAAAAUGGUCAACGAUGUCCAAGUUUUUUGUUACGAAAUGAAGAAAGUAUGGAUGUUGAAAUUA